CCCCCAUCGCCCCGUCCGUCGCGCCCUCGCUCCCGACGGUCCCUCGCCCACCACACCCGCAGAAUUCUGAGCGCAGCCCGGCGUCUCGACACAAUGCCUGCCACCACCAUCCUGUCCCGUGCCGGGGCUCAAUUGAGCUCGCGGGCGCCCAUUGCCCUGCGCGCCCAGCUGCAGAGACGCACGCCCGCCCUCGCCGCCCUCGCGCGCUUCUAUGCCUCGUAUCCCCCGCACACGGUCGUCAGCAUGCCCGCGCUGUCGCCCACCAUGACGGCCGGCAACAUCGGCACUUGGCAGAAGAAGGUCGGCGACUCGAUAGCCCCCGGCGACGUGCUCGUCGAGAUUGAGACAGACAAGGCCCAGAUGGACUUUGAGUUCCAGGAGGAGGGCACCAUCGCCAAGAUCCUGCGCGACGCCGGCGACAAGGACGUGGCCGUCGGCAGCCCGAUUGCCAUUAUGGUCGAGGAGGGCGAGGACGUGUCCGCCUUUGAAAAGUUCUCCGUCGAGGACGCUGGCGGCGACAAAAAGGCCGCCGCGCCGUCCAAGGAGGGCAACGCCGCCGAAGCCAGCGAGCCCGCCGACACUGGCUCCCCGACGGCGCCGCCCGCCCAGGACGGCGCGGCUCCCGUCUCGCGCGAGUCGGACAGCACCGGCGCCCGCCUCGAGACGGUGCUGCAGCGCGCCCCCGCCGUCUCGCCCGCGGCCAAGAAGCUCGCGCUCGAAAAGGGCAUCGCGCUCAAGAGCAUCAAGGGCACCGGCCGCGGCGGCGCCGUCACCAGGGAGGACGUCGACAAGGCCCAGCCCGCUGCUGCGCCCGGCGGCGGCGCCGCCGGGCAGUCCGCCGCGACGUACGAGGACACGGAGGCGUCGAGCAUGCGCAAGGUUAUUGCCACGCGGCUGACCGAGUCGAUGCAGCAGAACCCCCACUACUACGUGGCGUCGAGCAUCUCCGUGUCCAAGCUGCUCAAGCUGCGCGAGGCCCUCAACGCGGCCUCGGACGGCGCCUACAAGCUGUCGGUCAACGACCUGCUCGUCAAGGCCCUCGCCGUGGCCGCGCGCAAGGUCCCCGCCGCCAACUCGUCGUGGCGCGACGUGGACGGCAAGGUCGUCAUCCGCCAGCACAACGUCGUCGACGUCAGCGUCGCCGUCUCCACCCCCUCGGGCCUCAUGACGCCGAUUGUCAAGAACGUCAACGGGCUGGGUCUGCAGGCCAUCUCCGCCCAGAUCAAGGACCUCGGCAAGCGCGCCCGCGAUGGCAAGCUCAAGCCCGACGAGUACCAGGGCGGCUCCAUCACCAUCUCCAACAUGGGCAUGAACCCGGCCGUCGAGCGUUUCACCGCCGUCAUCAACCCGCCCCAGGCCUGCAUCGUCGCCAUCGGCACAACCACAAAGGUCGCCGUCCCCGCCGAGUCGGACGACGGUGCGCAGGGCGUUGCCUGGGACGACCAGAUUGUCAUCACCGCCUCGUUUGACCACAAGGUCGUUGACGGUGCUGUUGGUGGCGAGUUUGUCAAGGAGCUCAAGCGCGCUAUUGAGAACCCGCUCGAGCUGUUGCUGUAGAGGAUGGAGGCGCCGUGUGUAGGGAGGGAGAGGCGUCGUGUGUAGUGAGGGAGAGGCGUCGUGUGUAGUGAGGGAGAGGCGCCAUGUGUAGUGAGGAGAGGCGAAU